AUGUCGUCCUCGACCACCAUUUCGCGGCUCGGUACCAUGGAGACAAAGCUGACCCGAUUUUUCAACAAGACGGCAGAGAAGAUGAAACGAUCACCUUCCGACUCUCAUGCGAAUUACCAGUCAAGUUCCAAUGACUCUGUCACCUCAACGUCAACUCUUACAAACGACAAAAACAGCGGCAACAGUAGCACGUUCUCGGCAAAGCUCAAAAGACCGGACAAUCUGUCGAUCCAGACAACGAUCAUGCCGUCCAAAGAGCUCAAGUCUCCGCUGGCGAGGACUUCCAAGGAAGUCGAACGAAUAGCCAGUUUUAGCGCCUUGAACGACCAGCAAAGCAAACAUAAGCACUAUCAUGGCAUUCUACGCUCGCGCAAAGACACCACAAAGUCCUCUUCGAGCUCUAACUCAAGAGUCUCGGCCCUGCACGGCGGCGAGAUGCUCUACUCGUUCCAUCCGUCCCUGGUGAACAGCUCCAUGACGGUGCAAGAAUUACAGAACACCAUCACAGAGCUUGAGAAAUUGAGCGUCAAUAACUCGUCAUUGUCGGGAGACACGGAUGCUAUAGCAGACGAAGCAUGGUCGUUGGUUUCGUCCUUGGUAUCGCCCAUAUUCUACUGCGAGCGACUUAAAAUCCCGAUAGAAGAGAUCAACAAGCUAGUAUACCUUCAUCUUAGACUGCGCUCCAACCAGAUCCCGUCUGACAAGAUCGCUUACUCGCCUAUAUUUUCUCCAAACAACUUCUCCAGUGUAUUUGACGGAGCAGCUACUACUACCCCUUACACUCCUCUGGGAGCUCCGACGCCUACUUUUGCUUCAUCUGGAAGGUCUCCUUCCAGCUCUUACGGAACCAUGUCUCCCGUGAAGAGCUCCAGCAUCGUUCAAGAAAUACAAGAGUUCCUCAAACACGGAAUGAACACCUUUCUUUCACAGUUAUACCAAGACGACACAACGAAGGAAUUUAUGCUCAAGCCCCGCGACCGCAAAACUUCACCCACAAGAGGAUCUGCACUGUCUCUUGUUACGAGCGAGCCAAGUUUCCGCGACGCCUGUGCUUUGCUCUGGGAUUACUUUUUCCAAGACAUGCAUUUUUACCUACAAGGAGUAUUUUUACCGCUUGAGGACGACUCGUUCGAGGAAAUUUUGGGCGGAGGCUGGAGAGGCAAGCCAAGUGUGGAGAACAUUGUGUUUGUCAGCUUCCGCGACAACGUGGUUAUUCCACUUUAUGAGAGUAUGAGACAGGCAGACGCAGAAAAAGAGCGCAGAAAAGACCGGACCAUGUCAUUUGCUACCAGCUCCUCAGCCUCGCUGUCGCGCACCUCGCACGAAAACCUUCGGGGAGUAAAUGCUGGUCGAGAACAGCAAAACAAUGAAAAGCUGCUACACUGUCUCUCAGUCCUCAACCGUGCAGACACCAACGACACAAACCAGAAAAUUGUGGAAAAUCUUAUGCAGCAGGUGAGAGAAAAAUGCAACAAUAUGAAUACGCAGCCAUCCAUGAAAAGCAUGCUAAUUUAG